AUGGCGUGUCUCACCUACCUUCUGCUGGUGCUUGUGUUUACCACAUUGACAACCAUUGAUACUCGUUCAGUUCAACAAGAGCCUAAUAUUGAAUUAUUGUUAACAAAACGUAUAAAUGAAAACAAACGGCUUACGAUGACGAUCGCUAGUUAUCGUCAUCGUUUUGAACAUUCACCUAAUUUUAAAGCAUUUCGAUGGGCACUUAGUCAACAAGCUACUCCACCUUAUUGCGAUUUCUGCUACUUGUUUAUACCUGCGCUUCAAUUUCUCAUCGAAAUUAAUGAAACAGUUCAUAUUGAAAAUGUCACGCUUGUUUUAUGUAAAAAAAUUGAACUCUUUCUCGAUAUUGACGUCUGUUAUGGAGCUGUACAUGAAUAUAAAGAUGCUGUCAUCGAAAUACUAUCAAUAACUCCUCUAAACAGUAAAGAAUUAUGUGCACUUACUUUUGAUUGUGAAAAUCCAGCUGAUUUUCCUAUUCUACGAUGGAAUGUUACUUUGCCUGGUUCGAAACCAACUCCAAAACCACCUCAGCCACCUUCACCUGACUCGCCAAAAUUAAAAAUACUUCAUCUAUCAGAUAUUCACGUAGAUUUCUCCUACAAACCAGAUUCACAAGCAGAUUGUACUAAGCCGUUGUGUUGUCGAGAAGGUCAAGCUAGGCCUGGUCAAGCUGGCGCUGGUUUCUGGGGUGAUUAUCGUAAUUGUGAUAUACCUAUCUGGACAGCUCAAGCUAUGCUACAAUAUGCUUCUGCAAUAGAAGAUUUUGACUUCAUCUAUUAUACUGGUGAUCUACCACCUCACAAUGUAUGGAAUCAAUCACGUGACGAACAAUUGUAUUCGAUUAAAACUAUAAAUCAAUUAUUAACUCAAAUAUUUCCUAAUAAAACUUUCUAUCCCGCCGUUGGAAAUCACGAAGCAGCACCGUGCAAUCUAUUUCCUACACCAGCUAUUCGAUCGGAAAAUAUUUCAUGGUUGUACGAAGCGUUAGCUGAUAGUUGGCUUACACUUGGUUUACCAUCUGAUACACGUGAUACUAUUUCACUUGGAGCUUUUUAUACAACAAUUGUACGUCCCGGUUUACGAUUAAUCUCUCUCAAUAUGAAUUAUUGUUCAUCAGAAAACUAUUGGCUGUUCGUUAACGCAACUGAUCCAUUGGGACAACUUCAAUGGUUAGUCCAAUGGUUACAAUAUGCUGAGGAUCAUGAUGAAAAAGUUCAUAUUAUUGGACAUCAUCCACCACGUUCUUGUUUAGCAGCAUUCAGUUGGAAUUUUCAUAGUAUUGUCAAUCGAUAUGAAAAUACUAUUGCUGGCCAAUUUUAUGGUCAUACUCACAAUGAUGAAUUUAUUGUAUUCUAUGAUGAUGCUGAUAGUCAACGACCUAUAUCAAUGGCCUAUGUAACACCUUCUCUGACUACACAAGCAUUCUUAAAUCCAGGAUAUCGUGUUUAUACAAUGGACGGCUCCUAUCAGAAUAGUUCCUAUUGGGUACUCGAUCAUCGUACGGUGAUUAUGAAUCUGACUGCAUCGAAUUCGUAUAAUAAAACAAUUUUCGUCGACGAAUAUGGAGCACGAGAUGCCUAUCAAAUGCAAAAUUUAUUUCCUCUAGACUGGCAUAAUCUCACUCAGAGAAUGCAAAAUGAUAUUGAUGGGCCACUGAUGACUUUAGCAUACACAUACUAUACAAAAUCUUAUUCGAAUGGAGCCAAAUGUGACCAUGAAUGUCGACGCAGUUUACUAUGCAAUUUUAAAACAGCACGUUCUGAUGAUCCUCAUGCGUGUGACUCUAUCCCAACUUAUCGUUGA